AUGAUCUCUAUGGCUCAACUCUUUUCACCAUCUCUUCUCAAUUUGCUGUGUGCUAGCUUUCAUCCAUGGCGGCCAAGAUUGUUCUAGCACUAGUGCUCUCUCUGCUAGUUUAUGCUUCUUCUGAGGAAACGAACCCCACUGCUUGCAAAGGAUCAUCUCAGCAAUGCCGGCUCAAGAGACUGAGGACUCUGGAGCCAACCCGUGUAGUUGACUCGGAGGGUGGUCGUACUGAGCUGUGGGAGGAAUCUGAGGAUGAGUUCCAAUGUGCUGGAGUUGCGGCGAUAAGGCAGACUGUGCAACCUAAUUCACUCAUUUUGCCUAGCUACCAGCCGACCCCUUCGUUGGUUUACAUUGAACAAGGUGAAGGUUUGUUGGGGUUAACCUACCCAGGAUGUGCAGAGACAUAUGAGUCAGAGACAUCACAGGAUUUAUCAAGACGCAGGAGCAGCCAGAUGGGACAGCUGCAAGGUGGAGGAGAUCAGCAGAGAUCAAGAAGAGCAGACCAGCACCAGAAGGUGAACCGGAUUCGCCGGGGCGACAUCGUGGCCAUUCCUGCUGGUGUUGCCCACUGGUCCUACAAUGAUGGCAAUGAAGAGCUCGUUGCCUUUGCUGUCAUAGACCUAAGCAACCAUGCUAACCAACUUGACCGCCGAUUCAGGUCAUUCUUGCUCGCCGGCGGGGAACCAAGGGAUGGGCAAAGCGGCCAAGGGGGUAGCCGUCAGGAAGAAAGGCAAGAACAACGCAGCCAAAGGAGUAGGCGUGAACAGAGAGGUAGCUUCCAGAACAUAUUCAGUGGAUUCAGUGAGGAACUGCUGGCUGAAGCCUACAAUAUUCCGGACACUAUCGCUAGGAGAUUGCAGGAAGACGAUAACCGGCGGGGCGUCAUCGUCAAAUGCCAAGACGAAAUGCGCCGCAUGAUGAGACCUGACGAAGACGAACAAGAAGGGCAGAGACAGCUAGUUAACGGGUUGGAAGAAACUCUCUGUACUACAAGAAUUAGACACAACCUGGACACCCAAACCGAAUCCGACGUUUUCUCCAGGCAAGCCGGAAGAGUAAACAUCGUGAACCAGCACAAGCUUCCAAUCCUUCGAUACCUUGACAUGAGUGCAGAGAAAGGCCAUCUUUUCCCGAAUGCAUUGUACACACCGCACUGGUCCAUGACAGACAAUAGAGUUGUCUACGUGCUAAGGGGUGACGCCCGGGUUCAGAUUGUGGACGACAACGGGGACAAUGUGUUUGACGAGAGGGUUAAGCGUGGAGACGUGUAUGUAAUUCCUCAGUUCUAUGCGACUACAGCCAGGGCCGGAAACAAUGGCUUCGAAUACGUGACGAUCAAGACUUCCGGCCAGCCAAUGAAGAGCCCCAUGGCGGGCUACACCUCGGUCAUAAGGGCCAUGCCCAUAGAUGUCCUCACAAACUCAUUCCAAAUGUCCCCUAGAGAAGCCCAGAACUUGAAGCACAACAGGGGCCACCAGAGUUUCCUUCUAUCCUCCAGCCGAUCUUCUUAAUUAAGGAGCUUGGGUUAUGUAAUUUUCUUAUGUUUGUUUUAGUAAUGCCACUAGUAGUCCUUAGGCCACUAUUAAGAGCUAGCCCUUCUUGUAAGAAUGGAGUGGAGAAGGCUGUUUAACAUCUUGAGGAAACUUGAGUAGUAUAAACUGAGUGUACAAAUAUGCAUGAAGGCAGCCUUCAAUAAAAUGAAUAAAAUGUGGUCUUUUUUUUUCUCCUUUA